AUGGCCUUGAACCAUACUGCCAUGCCCCAGGAUGAGCGCCUGCCACGCUAUCUUCAAGACGAGGACCCCUUUGCUUCCAAACUUUCCUGGGAAGCGGAUUUAGUGGCUGGCUUUUACCUAACAAUAAUAGGGAUUCUCUCUACAUUUGGAAAUGGGUAUGUCCUUUAUAUGUCUUCUAGACGCAAGAAGAAGCUGAGGCCUGCUGAAAUAAUGACUAUCAAUUUAGCAGUCUGUGAUCUGGGGAUAUCAGUUGUAGGCAAGCCGUUCACCAUCAUCUCUUGCUUCUGCCACCGCUGGGUGUUUGGCUGGUUUGGCUGCCGCUGGUAUGGAUGGGCUGGAUUUUUUUUUGGCUGUGGAAGCCUUAUUACCAUGACUGCUGUCAGCCUGGACCGUUAUCUCAAGAUCUGCUAUCUAUCUUAUGGGGUCUGGCUGAAGAGAAAGCAUGCCUACAUCUGCCUGGCAGUCAUCUGGGCUUAUGCUUCUUUCUGGACCACCAUGCCCUUGGUGGGCCUGGGGGACUACGCACCUGAGCCCUUCGGAACCUCGUGCACCCUGGACUGGUGGCUGGCCCAGGCUUCAGGUAGGGGUCAGGUGUUCAUCCUGAGUACCCUCUUCUUCUGCCUCCUGCUCCCGACGGCCGUGAUUGUUUUCUCAUACGCGAAGAUCAUUGCCAAGGUCAAGUCGUCUUCCAAAGAGGUCGCUCAUUUCGACAGUCGGAUCCAUAGCAGCCACGUGCUUGAGGUGAAACUGACCAAGGUGGCGAUGCUGAUCUGUGCUGGUUUCCUGAUUGCCUGGAUCCCUUACGCGGUUGUCUCCGUGUGGUCAGCUUUUGGACGGCCAAACUCCAUUCCCAUUCAGCUAUCCGUGGUGCCCACCCUCCUUGCAAAGUCUGCAGCAAUGUACAAUCCGAUCAUCUACCAGGUCAUUGACUACAGAUUUGCCUGUUGCCAGGCCGGUGGUUUGAGAGCAACCAAGAAGAAGUCUUUGGAAGACUUUAGGCUGCACACUGUGACUGCAGUCAGGAAGUCUUCUGCUGCGCUGGAGAUCCAUCAAGAGAGCAGUUCCAGAUUUACUAGUGCCCAUGUUAUGGACGGAGAGAGUCACAGUAAUGAUGGUGACUGUGGCAAGAAAUAA